UCAAUGGCUCGGAUUGCCUCAUAGAUUUUUCUUCCUCUUUGGAUUGUCUUUCAGCCUUAACAAAAAUUCAAUCACGAUGACAACUGACAACGAACAACACAAAAGAAAAAUCCAUUUCACAAAACGAAUGGACGUCAAUAAAGUACUGUCGCUAAAUUUUACCGAGAUGUAGGUUGGUGGAAACAAAUUUCUGUGGUUUACAUUUACAUAAAUGUCAUAAAAAUAUAUUAUUCGUCGCCUGUUCGCCGUCAAUACCGAAAAAUGGAUGGGACUUGUAUAUAUCUCACUAUAAUAUUGCUGUUGCAAAUGUGCUUCACCCUUGGGAUGUUAAACCCCAUCCACGACGUCAGAAGAAUUGCUUCGCUUAUUCGCUUGACCACACUCAAAUGUACAAGCUCGUACUUUGUAAUCGUGAUGAUAUAUUUUUGCUCUAUCGUCUACCUGGGAAUGUACAUCCCAUUGCAAAACAUACACAGAUUGAUCUUCACUGAAGACUACAAUGAAUACGAGAAGCUGGUGUUGCUGACGAGGAUCGAGCGGAAUUAUAUUAUAGCUGGAUUUUCCCUGUUCCUUGUUGUGGUUAUGUACGGCAUAAGAUCUUUGGUGACAUACACAGCUGAUCUGACUCAUAUUACUGAAAGACAGGUGCCGUUUAUAGGUGAGAAGGAUAUUUCAAUGAAAAAUGUUUCUGGAAUAUCUGAGAAUAUACUGCCUGGUCUGCUCCGCGUCAAGAGGUCUAUAUCGUAUGAAACGAUUCUAUUUACUAACGAACUUCGUGACCAUUUGAAGGCUGUGAUAAAGAAUAUUGGACUUCCUCAGAGCAACUGCACCUUGUCUAGUCUUUUGGAGACCAACACUUUGAAACAACUCACUUGCUAGGCCGUUGCAGAGUUUCUUAUUUGGUUAUUCGAUUAAUGUGUAUAAUACUUUAAAAUGUAAUUUAUUGACUUCAUUUAUAAUAAAUACAAAUUUUACAGUAAC